AUGGCUAUCAUUCUUCGAUUUGUUGAUUGUGAUGGGUUUAUUAGAGAACAGUUUUUCAAAGUGCUUAGUGUGGCAGACACUUGUUCUCAAACUCUAAAAGAUGAGAUAUCCAAAGUCCUUACUCAAUAUGAUCUUCAAGUAGAAAAUAUGCGUGGGCAAGGAUAUGAUGGUGCUAGCAACAUGCGGGGUGAAUUUAAUGGUUUAGAAGCUUUGUUUCGUGAAGAACAUUCAGCUUUGAGAGUUAUCAGGGAAGAAGAAAUUGCAGAUUUAGUGGCUGCUGGAGCACUUGAGACUGGUAGAAGUGCUAAUCAGACUUCCACUUUGCAACGAGCAGGGGCUACUCGUUGGGGUUCACAUCUUCGCUCUAUUUCAAGUUUGAUUAAGUUAUUUGGAGCUACCCAAACAACUCUUGCAAAUUUGGUUGCAAAUGGACCAAAUAAAGUACAAGGAGAAGCAAAGAGUGUAGAUAUGUCUGCUCCUUAUAAGAAAAGUACAAGGGCUUGUGAACAAAAUAUUACAAAUGAGCAUUAUUAUCAAGUCAAUAUACUUAAUGCUGUGACAGACUUUCAAUUGGCAGAGUUGGAUAGUAGAUUUACAGAUAAUUCGUUGGAGCUCCUUAUUCUUAGUGCUACAUUUGAUCCACGUGAUAAUUUUCGAUCAUUUAAAUGUGAAGAUGUUUGCAAUCUUGCUUUGAGAUUUUAUCCUCAUGAUUUUACAUCAUAUGAUAUGCUUGCUCUAGAUAUGGAGUGUGGGUAUUUUCUAGCAGAUAUUCAUAAGGAUCCAAGAUUUGCCAACACAACUACUGUGUCUGAUUUGUGUCGGCGCAUUGAUAAUGAUUCUGUGAUUGCUGAGUUUGAAGUGAGUGGAUCUCGGAGGGUACGAUUUAGUUAG